AUGGCGAUGCUCCUAGCUGCAAGCUGCAUGGCGAUCUCCCUCUUUCCAUCACCCCGCCCCAUUCUCCCUCCUUCCAUCACCCCGCCCCAUUUUCCCUCCUUCCAUCACCCCGCCCCAUUCUCCCACUUUCCAUCACCCCGCCCCAUUCUCCCGCUUUCCAUCACCCCGCCCCAUUCUCCCGCUUUCCAUCACCCCGCCCCAUUCUCCCGCUUUCCAUCUCCCCGACCCAUUCUUCCGCUUUCCAUCACCCCGCCCCAUUCUCCCGCUUUCCAUCACCCCGCCCCAUUCUCCCGCUUUCCAUCAACCUGCCCCAUUCUCCCGCUUUCCAUCACCCCGCCCCAUUCUCCCGCUUUCCAUCACCCCGCCCCAUUCUCCCGCUUUCCAUCACCCCACCCAAUUCUCCCGCUUUCCAUCACCCCGCCCAAUUCUCCCGCUUUCCAUCACCCCGCCUCAUUCUCCCGCUUUCCAUCACCCCGCCCCAUUCUCCCGCUUUCCAUCAUCCCGCCCCAUUCUCCCGCUUUCCAUCACCCCGCCCCAUUCUCCCGCUUUCCAUCACCCCGCCCCAUUCUCCCUCUUUCCAUCACCCCGCCCCAUUCUCCAUCCUUCCAUCACCCCGCCCCAUUCUCCCUCCUUCCAUCACCUCGCCCCAUUCUCCCGCUUUCCAUCACCCCGCCCCAUUCUCCCACUUUCCAUCACCCCGCCCCAUUCUCCCGCUUUCCAUCACCCCGCCCCAUUCUCCCGCUUUCCAUCACCCCGCCCCAUUCUCCCGCUUUCCAUCACCCCGCCCCAUUCUCCCGCUUUCCAUUACCCCGCCCCAUUCUCCGUCCUUCCAUCACCCCGCCCCAUUCUCCCUCCUUCCAUCACCCCGCCCCAUUCUCCCUCUUUCCAUCACCCCGCCCCAUUCUCCCGCUUUCCAUCACCCCGCCCCAUUCUCCCGCUUUCCAUCACCCCGCCCCAUUCUCCCGCUUUCCAUCGCCCCGCCCCAUUCUCCCUCUUUCCAUCACCCUGCCCUAUUCUCCCUCUUUCUAUCACCCGCCCCAUUCUCCCGCUUUCCAUCACCCCGCCCCAUUCUCCCGCUUUCCAUCACCCCGCCCCAUUCUCCCUCUUUCCAUCACCCCGCCCCAUUCUCCCUCUUUCCAUCACCCUGCCCCAUUCUCCCUCUUUCCAUCACCCCGCCCCAUUCUCCCUCUUUCCAUCACCCCACCCCAUUCUCCCUCUUUCCAUAACCCCGCCUCAUUCUCCCGCUUUCCAUCACUCCGCCCCAUCUCCCGCUUUCCAUCACCCCGCCCCAUUCUCCCGCUUUCCAGCACCCCGCCCCAUUCUCUCGCUUUCCAUCACCCCGCCCCAUUCUCCCUCUUUCCAUCACACCGCCCCAUUCUCCCUCUUUCCAUCACCCCGCCCCAUUCUCCCUCUUUCCAUCACCCUGCCCCAUUCUCCCGCUUUCCAUCACCCCACCCCAUUCUCCCUCUUUCCAUCACCCCGCCCCAUUCUCCCUCUUUCCAUCACCCCGCCCCAUUCUCCCUCUUUCCAUAUCCCCACCCCAUUCUCCCGCUUUCCAUAACCCCGCCCCAUUCUCCCGCUUUCCAUCACCCCGCCGCAUUCUCCCGCUUUCCAUCACCCCGCCCCAUUCUCCUGAUUUCCAGCACCCCGCACCAUUCUCCCGCUUUCCAUCACCCCGCCCCAUUCUCCCGCUUUCCUGCACCCCGCCCCAUUCUCCCUCUUUCCAUCACCCCGCCCUUCUCCCGCUUUCCAUCACCCCGCCCAAUUCUCCCGCUUUCCAUCACCCCGCCCCAUUCUCCCGCUUUUCAUCACCCCGCCCCAUUCUCCCUCUUUCCAUCACCCCGCCCCAUUCUCCCGCUUUCCAUCACCCGCCCAUUCUCCCGCUUUCCAUCACCCCGCCCCAUUCUCCUACUUUCCAUCACCCCGCCCCAUUCUCCCGCUUUCCAUCACCCCACCCCAUUCUCCCUUUCUCCAUCAACCCGCCACAUUCUCCCUCUUUCCAUCACCUCGCCCCAUUCUCCCUCUAUCCAUCACCCCGCCCCAUUCUCCCGCUUUCCAUCACCACGCCCCAUUCUCCCUCUUUCCAUCACACCACCCCAUUCUCCCGCUUUCCAUCACCCCGCCCCAUUCUCCCUCUUUCCAUAA